UUUCGAAAAUCAAAAACAGCUUCCACCAGCAACGAACAAUUCAGAAGAUCUCGAACGGGCGCUAAGUGCACACACGAAACGAGUUAUACAAAAUAAAAAUAAAAAAAUCCUCAAGUGGACCUAGUGUUAAAUUAUUAAAAGAAAAUAAAUUAUCUAAAUUAAACAAAAUCUUAUUCAAUUUGAAAUAAUUUUAAACUAAAUCGAACGAAAAUGGUUUACGAAAGUGGAUUUACUACCCGCAGAACCUACUCUUCCAGGCCAGUUGUUACCUCGUACGCAGUUUCGUACCCAACUGUAACCAAGGUUGCUCGCGUGUACAAAUCGAGUUAUCCGAUAUACUCGAGCUCUUGCUAUACUCGUGGAACUCGUGUGAUUUCAUCGCCAGUUCGAGUCGUUACUUCCCCAGCCCGUGUGAUAACACGUGUAAUUCGUUCGCCAUCACCAGUUCGUGUUACUCGUACGACCACUACCCGUGUUGUAACGUCUCCCGAACGUAUAUCUUCGUACACUUACAGCACACCAACGACAUAUACAUCAUCCUAUAUCCCAUCGACCACCUAUUAUUCGUCUUAUACACCAUAUGUUUCGUCUUAUACACCGAGAUACAUUUCGUCUUAUACACCAUCGUCAUACGUCUAUACGUCACCAUCCUAUUUGUACUCGUCUCCAGUGUCUCGUGUUUACUCACGUUCCUUGACUCCCGUGAGAGUAACAACUUCUCCAGUACAUGUAACUCCCUCAUACUUGAAGAGAACUCUGCCCGGUUAUGGUGCCCGUGCACUAACCAACUACCUCAGCUCUGAACCCUUCACUACGUUCCGCGAGGAAACCGGCAGAAUUCGUCAUAGAGCUCAAUCUCUUAUUCGUGAUUUGCAUACACCUGUAGUUCGUCGUGCACGCAGCAUGACUCCAUUCCCAGUGACUGGUUAUGAACCCACUACUGAAGUGGCCUUCGAUGCUUAUGUGUCUCGCAUCACGAAUCCCGUGCGCCACAUUGCCAAAGAAGUCCACAGAAUGUCGAUGUAUCCAGAGCCAGCUCACAAAUAUGUUGACCCCGAAUUGGAUCCCCAUCGCCCAAGUAGGAAAUUCUCUGCUCCCAGACCAUUAGAAGAUCCCAUUGAUGAUGAAACCAAGGAAAAGCAACGCUUGCGCCAGGAACGUCUCAUGACUGUCAACGAAGAAGAGUUGGAUGUCGUCGAAUUGGAAAAGAAGAAGGCUCAACGUGCCGACGAAGCUAAACGUCGCGAACAGAAAGCAUUAGAAGAGGAAGUUAAACGUAAAGCCGAAGAAGCUGCUGAACGUAAAGCUAAAGAAGAGGCUAACCGCAAGGCAGAAGAGGCUGCACGUUUAGAAGAAGAACGCAAACGCAAAGAAGAGGAAGAGGAAAUGAACCGUUUGGCUGAGAUCGAGAAACAAGCUGAGGAAGCUCUCAAAGCAGCCAAAGAAGCUGAACAAAAGGCUGUCGAAGAGGAACAACAACGCAAGGCUGCUGAAGAAGAGAAAAAACGUCUAGAAGAAGAGGCUAAAUUGGCUGAAGAGGCCAGGCUAGCCGAAGAGGUUAAAUUGGCCGAAGAGGCCAGACUAGCUGAAGAAGCUAGGUUAGCCGAAGAAGCCAAACUAGCUGAGGAGGCUAAACAAGCAGAAGAGGCUGCUCUUAAGGCUCAAGAAGUUGCUCGUCUCGCCGAAGAACAGCGCAUUCGUGAGGAAGAAAUUAACAGAUUGGCUGAAAUCGAAAAACAAGCCGCAGAAGAAAGCGAAGGUGAAUUAGCCCGGCAAGCAGCUGAAUUAGCGGAAAUUGCACGACAAGAAGCUGAAAUCGCCUCUCAAGAACUACAAACCAUUCAACAAUCUGAACAAGCUGAAACCACUGCCACAACUGCCGACGAACCCAUUGUUGAAGAACCUGCCACUCCCGAACAACAACAAGAGCCUACCAUUGAUCUGAACAUAAGCGGUGGUGAUGCUGAUGUUGUCGAUGCCACCACCACUGAAGAUGAAACGGAUGAGGAAUAAUUUAAUGAAUCCGAUAAUUUCGUCCUUAUCUCUUCUAGCUUCUAGUUAUUUCAUAAAAACUUUACUAUGUACUACAUAAUAACACAUCCAUACAUAGAAAUGUAUUAACCAAAUCGACAUACUACAUAUUUUAUCAUACAAAAACGAGCUUUAACCAUUGAACCCAUUCGAUUGAGUUCAAUUUAACUUAUUUGCUGAAUAUUUUACACAAAUUUCUUUACAAAAAUACAUACAUACAUAUAAUACUACAUUUACAAUCAUCUAUGUAUGUAUGUAUACAUAUUUGACAAUUUUCGUUUAAUCUUAAAAACCAAAAUACAUUUAUUCGAAAUUUAUUAAUUACAUUUUUUUUGUUUGUUUGUUUAUUUAUUUGUUCCUAACUUACAUAUAUUUACAUACUCUCUCCACCAGGAAACUUAAACAAUUUAAAGACAUUUAGUAACAAUCUAUUUAUAGUAGUUAAUCGGUAUAAAAAAUUUAAGUUUUUCCGUGCAGAGAAGAAGAUUUAAAAUAUUUUUAUUUGCAAAUAAUUCAAAUUGUGGCAAACUAGCAAAUCUCUCCUAUAUUUUGUCUAUUGUAGCAAUAUACAUACUACAUACAUAUUUACAUAUGUAUGUACGAGUAUAUAAUGUAUAUGAGCUGAUAUUUGCUUUCAAAAUUUUAAUCCAACCGCAUUUUCUUUCCUCAACCUUUAAUGAAUGCUUUUAACCAUAAAAACAUUACAAUUUGUUUUUAUAUUUUUGUUAAGUUAACGAAUUUAUUUAUUAACUAUCUACUACAUACAUACAACAUAUUUUAAUUAGACACAAUAAAAUCAACAAUUAAACAAA